GAAUGUAGAGCCAUCGGGCAAUGAAAAAAGUGUUGCCUUGCACUUUGUUGUUCGCAAAUGCGCAGCGUUGCUUUGUGCCGUAAGACAGCUGAUAUUGGCGCGACCAAAUUCACAUGGACUGCUAAAAUUUAGUCGAGUUGUAUUUGUGUUCAAUAGUGAGUACCUAUUAACAUUCAUUAAAAAACUACAAACAUGGGCGUACCAGCUGGUGAUGUUGAAAAGGGCAAGAAACUCUUUGUCCAACGCUGUGCACAAUGCCACACUGUUGAGGCUGGUGGCAAGCACAAGGUCGGCCCAAACUUGCACGGUCUCAUCGGUCGUAAGACUGGUCAGGCUGCCGGUUUCUCCUACACAGAUGCCAACAAGGCGAAAGGCAUUACCUGGAAUGAGGAUACCCUUUUCGAAUACUUGGAAAACCCCAAGAAGUACAUCCCUGGUACAAAGAUGAUCUUCGCCGGUCUGAAAAAGCCCAAUGAGCGUGCUGAUCUGAUUGCUUACCUGAAAUCGGCCACCAAGUAAACACACCAACAGUCACAAAAAACCAUCAAAAAACGUUGUAAAAGAUGCUAUAUCAUAAAUUAAACCACC